CCAGCCCAGAAGGCCCUGCAGGGACACAGCCCUGCGCGUUCUGAGCUCCAGUGGCGAGCUGUCCAGCAGGGAGCAUGAGCGCCCCUUCCGCGACCCCCAUCUUCGCGCCGGGCGAGAACUGCAGCCCCGCAUGGCGAGCUGCGCCCGCGGCCUACGACGCGUCGGACACGCACCUGCAGAUCCUGGGCAAGCCGGUGAUGGAGCGCUGGGAGACCCCUUACAUGCACGCGCUGGCGGCCGUCGCUGCCUCCAAAGGGGGCCGGGUCCUGGAGGUGGGGUUUGGCAUGGCCAUCGCCGCCACUAAGGUGCAGGAGGGUGCCAUCGACGAGCACUGGAUCAUCGAGUGCAAUGACGGCGUCUUCCAGCGGCUCCAGGACUGGGCCCAGCAGCAGCCACACAAGGUGGUUCCCUUGAAAGGCCUGUGGGAGGAGGUGGCGCCCACCCUGCCAGACAGUCACUUCGAUGGAAUCCUGUAUGACACGUACCCGCUGUCUGAGGAGACCUGGCACACACACCAGUUCAACUUCAUCAGGGAACACGCUUUCCGCCUGCUGAAGCCAGGGGGCGUCCUCACCUACUGCAACCUCACCUCCUGGGGCGAGCUGAUGAAGUCCAAGUACUCGGACAUCACCACCAUGUUCCAGGCCUUUGACCGCGUGGUUCUAUCUGUGAGGAUGUGUGGGGGAUGCCCUGACAGCCAGGAAUCUGGACCCCAGGAGAGGAACCCCCCACCCCACCCUGCCAGGCCUGGCUGCAGCACUUUCCUAGGAGCGCCCCCCGCGAGGAACCUUGGAAAGAUGAUUACACCGCUGGUCACUAAGCAGUGAGCCCUCUGGCUCGGCUGCCCACACCACUCUGGGGGCUCUGGGCUGCAGGACCCCCAACCCCAACUCAGUGCCUUCGAGGCUGGGAGCGCCAGCUCUGACCUUUUGCGUCGCUGUCCAGACCCACACCAGCUGCGUGAGGCCAGCAAGCUUCCCCAACCCCUGCAGUGGGAUCACCACUACUGUCCUCCCGGGGGCUUGAGGAUGAAAUAAACACUAACAGUAAGCUUGGCCAUCA